CCCGAGUACACCAAUACAAUAUCUCGCUGUGUAGCGUUUAUUUUUCAUUUGGUGUACAAUUUUUUCUUUCUUUUUAUCUGCCAUUUACCCUCCCCCCUUCCCCCUCACCCCUACGGUAAUAACACGUUAGAGUGCCGUCGCGAAUGUUGAAAGUGCGGUGUUCGUUAAGACUCGAGACGACGCAGCGGCGUGUUUACAGUCGACACGUUGUAGAAAACCACUAGCGACUGUGACUUAUCGUGAGUACCGAACAUUCUUGAUUCUGAGCGAAUGGGGGCGUAUAUUAUUAUUGGUUUUACAAUAGAGUUUAGUUUAGUUUUUUUUUUUUUUUUUUUUAUGUCGCGUUCAAAAUAUCUUCAAGAAAUCUUGCUCCAAUGUAUCGAGUGUACAGUAUCCACCUAUUCUGAAUGGACAUUUUAUUUAGUUAGUACCUACUUUAAAGGAGAUCAUUUUUUGAUUUUCAUAAUAACUGGCAAAAAUCGGGAAAUUUACUAUUCAUUUUUGAGCUAUUUAAUAGAUAUUUUAAUUUGGCGAGUUUUUUCACGUAAUUUUUAUUCGGUAGGUAGGUGGAUAAAAUUAUUAGAACAUACAAAAAUGCUUGACAAUUUAACAGGAGGUUCAUUACCAUAACGCAACAAUAACAUAAGGUGCACUUGGUGAUCAACAAAAAAAGUUAAAUUUAAUGUAGAAUUUUUUUUUUUAAAUAAGAAUUGUAGGCAUAAUACUAAUUUAGCUCCCACGCGAUGUUUUUUUUUUUUGGGGGGGGGGUCAAAUGUGUGUUUUUGCGUGUACAAUAAUAAUGUAAAAAAAAAAAACCAAAGCGGACGAACUUCGUUUUGAAGUUAUGGCGGAAAACCUCACAAAGUUUUUGUUUAUUUGUAAUUAUUGAGAUUUUGAUAACAAUUUUUUUUUUAUUGAAGUCAGAAUAAGGCUUUCUGGUUUAGUUUUAGAGUUACAAACGUUCAAACGCUAAGUGUUUCGCUGCGCUCACUUGGACAAUUUUAAUCGAAACACCCUAGAUUUUUCACUUUUCCCUGUUACCCACAUUUGUUUUGUACAACAAAUCGAAAAUUAUUUUCGAUUAAAUUUUCCGCGCAAGUGAGUGCAGCGUGUAACACUUGGCGUUUGAACGUUUGUAACACUAAAACUAAGCCAGAUAGUCUUAUUUUGACUUCCAUAAAAAAAAACUUUGUUAUUAAAAUCUCAAUAAUUACAAAUAAUAAUAAAAAAUGUUGUAGGUGAGAAGUUUGGAAGGUAGGGAUUUAAUGCAUAUGUGUACGCAAUAAUUAAUCAUUGCUAACGAAAAACGAUUCGGUUAUACAUGUUUUAAAAGGCCAUAAUAUUUACAAUUUUCGUCAAAAUUUGAUAUUAAAAUUUGAACAAAUUUAACCGAUCUCGAUCUCUGCGAACCAAUUUUACUCUUUGAUUGGUCAAUUUGAAUUUUCGCACAUAAUUACUACCGUUAUCGGCUAGUUAAGGCACUAUAAACAUAUGUUCUAUAGUGUUCUAGUCUAGCGUGUCGUUAUUUACCAAAUAUAAUAAAAAAAUAAUUUCAUAUUUUAUCAUUUUCGAAAAAUUUGAAGUUAGCCAUUUUAUUGAGUUUAUUAUUCCGAAAAUUUUGACGUUUCAAUUUUUAAAAUAUUUUUGUAUUUAUUAUUUUAUUCUUCCAACCUAUCUCUAUAUUUUUUAUUUUUAUUUUAUUUUAUUUUUCAGAUUUGGCAUCGUCUGUAGUAAGUCCAAACUACAAUCACAGAUGAGGUGAGUGAAUAGUUAUAUUAAACAGCUAGUGUUCACCCCUAAAUCUUCAUAGUACCUAUUUUUAAAGUAUAAUCUCAUCACAAUAUUGACAAAUAUCUAUAAAAUAUGAAUCCUGGCUGUUAAGAAUGAGUAUCAUUUUUAAUUAUUUUUUUACUUGAAUUGAUUCUUUAGCUAAAUAGACUGAUUAAUUUAAUUAAUUACCACAUUAUAUGUUAUACCAUAUUAUGUUACAUACAGCUAUGGAUUUUUUUUAAGAAAAAUGUAUUAUAAAAGUUGAGUAUUGAAAAAUAACCUUUUAUUACAUUUGUGAAAUACUGUAAAAUUAAUACAAAAUGAUGCUUAAACUUUGUUUAGUUAUAGUUUAACACUAGAUGUUAAGUAGAAAUUAGAGAAUGUUUAAUUUUUGUCUCUUUGAAAAUUAUGAAGAUGUUAUGGGUAAGUAUUGUUUCACCUAAUAUUAUUAUCUUUAUUUUGACCCUAUUUUAUAGGUACCUAUAUCCAACCUACCUACUAUGUAUAUAUAUAUAUUAUUAUAUUAUACUACAAUUCAAGGUUUCUUAAUUUUUUUCUUUUGAAAUUUGUCAUGUUGCAAUCAUAAUAUUCAUUUUCAAUUAAAUUGCUAAGGUCUUUAUAUGUAAAUAUCUCCAAUUCAAAAUACAUAAACAUAAACAUUAAACAUUUUAACAGUUAAGUCAUUAAUCAUUAGGUAAAUACAUUUUUGAAAGAGUUUAUUUUAUUACACAACUCAAUUUACUUUAUAUUUUUUAAUGAAAUAGGUUAUUUUUUGUAAUUUAUUAUAUAAGUAUAGGGUAUUUUUUUUAAGUUUUCAGCUGUCACUUACCAUAUAAAGAAAAAGUUAAUUUAACCACAAAACGAGGAGGAUACAAAAAAAAAUUCAUCUAUGCAUUUAGAUAUUAAUUUGAAAUAAUUAAUUAUUUAGAAUUUUGAAAUGUAUAGUUCCAAGGUAAUGAAUGCAAUUAACAUACAUAGCAUUUUAAACCAAUUAAAGCUAUUCUAUAUUUAUAUAUUAUAAUUCCAAAUGUAUUGAUGAUGAAUAUUCUCUAAUUUCUUUUAGUAAAUUAAGGUAACUAACAUUAUUAAUAAUGUAGAUAGGUAGAUAGGUAGAUAGGUAAUCGUAGGUAAUAUUGAUGUUUGUGAUGUGUUUUUACCAAUUUUUGUGUUUUAAAUUAAUUAAAUGAUUUCAGUAAAUAUUUAACUUUUUUUUGGCAAAACUUAAAAUAAUAAUUAGAUGUUUGAAGGCUUAUUUAAAGUAAGUACCUUUAUUUAUUUAUUUUUAUACAUUCGUUAAAUCAUGUAUUAAAUGAUUUAUAGUUGUGUUAUUGUAAUUAAUGGAUUAUUUAUAGUCCUUUUCCAUUAUUAUUUUCAAUGUAAAUAAAGCAGAACAAUUAUUGCAAUACACGGAAUACAUAAACAAUUCAGGUAGGUAUCAGAGUUAUUUGUUAUAUUGGAUACAUAUCUGUUAUACAUUUAUUAGAAACAGUGGAUUGAGUCUUUUUUGAUCCUUUUUACCAUUUUUAAGUUUUGAGUUUUGAUAACCUCAAUCGAUAAUUGUGAAGAGCGACUGGGAAUAUUGUACCAUGUAAAAAUUCAUAAAUUGUCCAAUAUCAUAAAAAAAAAACAAUUAUUUAGAACACACAAUCUAUAUUUAUUUAUUAUUAUAUUCAAUGCUGCGAGUCUUAUACAGUAAUAUAUUCAAUUGGCUUUCUUUUAACAGUGUUGCUUAAUAAUUCAGAAGAAUCCUGUUUAUAAAAAUUGUUCUUUAAAACACUUUCCUUUCUUAAAAACUCUGGUCUAAUUUUCUUUAAAUAAUGCUUGAAUUUAUUUUUAGAACUCCAAUGCUCAACAUAUUUGUCUAACCAAUAUUUAUAGUUGUUGAUGACAAUAAUUUGUUUACUUUUUUUACUUAAAAUUGUUAUAAUUUUGUAAGUGUUGUUCAGUUGAAAUAACUAUGUGCACGAAACUAUAUGUCCAGAAAUAUAGGUGUAGUCAUGUAGGAAAAUAAUAGGUAUUUAUAGUAUACAGUGUGUUUAAUGUUAUAGGUAACACUAAAUAUCUUAGCCCGAUAACCUUGGAUUUAAAUUUGAUUUUCAAGAAGUGAGAAAAUAUUUAAAUAUUCAAAUUUUUAACUCUUUUGGCAUCCCCAAUUCCAUAGGCAUUGCCAGGAUAUUUUCGUGUAAGGAGGGGGUUAUGCAUUAGUAUACACUGAUUUAAAAAUUGGUUCAAGUAUGAGGACCAGUUUAGUAUUAUUUAUCUGUAAUUAUAUAGAUACAAAAAAAAUAUAUAUAAUAAUUGCAAAAUAACAAAAUUAAACACGUGCUAAUAUUUUGUAUGAAAGAGUAUAAAAAAUUAAAUUCAUAAAAAAAUACAUAUUAAAUCAUCAUUAAAUAAAUAAAUUUAUAUAAUGGAAUACUUACAUAAUGAGUGAGCAAUAUUUAAACCGGGAUUUAAACAUAGUAUAAUUCAAAACUAUAUAAAAAAUUAUAGUUAAAGAAGUAUAUAUAAAAAAAAAAAAACUAUUUCUUAAAUGUAAAGAAAACUAAUCUAUGAAAAUAAGUAUUACGUAUUUAUAAAACUUUGUCUAUUUGGUUCAAUUAUAAGUUGUUCUCUGGCGGCUGCUUUUUCUAACAUCUUUUUUGUUUUUGCCAAUAAAUAACAUUUUUUUUCAACCUGAUUCUUCAAUUGCUCAUUUUCUGUCAAAACAGCUUCAUACUGUGAACGAUAGUCACAUAAUUGUUGUUCCAGUUGAGAGCAUUUUUCAGUAGAAUCUAAAUAAAAGCCCUGUGUAGUCUGAAGUUCGCUUUGCAAUUUUUCGACAUAACUCUAUGACAAGUUAAACAGUUUAAAAUCAAUAUAUAUUUACAUUAAGGAAUAUAAUAAUCUUUGAAUUGUUUAAUUGCAAAAAUAAUAAUAAUUAAAUAGUACAAAAAUAAAAAACAUUAAAAAAAGUAAUAAUUUUGUAUUUAAAUAAUCCAUUUAGUAAUUUUAGUAUUCAAAAUACUUGAUAUUUUUUAUAAGCUGAUAAAUUGAUAUUAAAUUUAUAAUUAAAUUGUGGUUAAAAGUUAUAACUUAUAAAUAAAUUAUAGAUAUUUAAGAAUUUUUGAGGAAUGGAGGUGUAUACAGGUAAUCAAUCCUCAAUAAAACUACUCAUUAUCUUGGAAAGUAUUAAAUUUGUUCAGAUAUUGUUUUUUUGGACAGUUUAUGAAACAAGCAACUCUAAAAUAUUACACUUCCGUUAUUUGUGGUAAUGAAAUUACUACCCAAUUUUGAUUUUAAAAUAGCAACCUUUAUAAUAAUUGAAUACCUUCAUAAACAGAUGAAGUUUUUGUUUAGAUACAUUUUGGUACUGAAACUUUUAAUUUCCACUAACUCGUUUUUGAGAUAUUUUACUUUUAAGUUUGGGGUAGAACAAGAAUAAUAGUAAAGUAGUUACUAAAGUGUCAUGUGUCAGCAUUUAAACUACUCUGCCUCUAUCUAUAAAAUGGCAAAUUUACAAGUAUAAUCUCAACAAAUAAAAAUUAACAAAUAAAAAAUAUCAACAAAAAAAUUUAUUUAAAUUUCAACAUUAUCUAUUUAUAUAAUUUUAAUAUAAGUUGCUAUUUGAUGAUCAGAUGAGUGGUGGUUAUAGCGCUUGAAAUAAAAGUGAUACAAAAUGAAGAAAAUGAAACACUUCAGACCUACUUGUUUCUUAAAUUAGAAUUAAAAAAUUUGAAGAAUAAUUUAUACUUUUCUAUGAGUGUUUUAUCAAGGAUUGAUCCCUUUAUAUAGAUUAUAGGUAUACAUUUUAGAUUCCGAGUGGAGCUAGGAAUGUAUUGGUUUAAUAAUGACGUUUAUUAUUAUUAUUAUUUUUUUUGUGGACAACUCUACCAACAAUUUCGCUCCGAUUUACAAUAAAGCAGUUUUUCUAAAAAGGAAUCUGACUGGGAAGGUACUUUAGGAAGGUCAUUUUUUGUUUUCCCAAUAAAUGAGGAAAAUAGGUACAAUAUUAAACAAAUGUUAUUAUAGAAAAUAUAUAAUGCAUAUGUAAUUAUUUUACCAUAGAUGAUAUACAUUAUAUUGUUUAUAAAGCAAUACUAUCAAUUAAAUUCUGCUCAGAAUCGUUUUUUCGUUAGCAAUGGUUAAUAGUUGCGUAUGGAUAUACAUUAAAUAUCCCUUCUACUACCUUCCUAACUACCCACCUAUAACAGUGGCUCACCCACGUGUAGAGUAUGUCCGUGUUUUGUAAAUUUAAACCUAAUUUUAUAAAUAAAACAAUGAUUGUAAACUAACCUUAUCAUCAGUGUUAGUAACAGUACGUUCAAGCGACAAGUUUUUAUUUUCUUCUUUUAAUUUCUCUAUGGCAGUUCUUAACAUUAUUACUAAUCUUUCUAAUUUUUCUGUACGUUUUUUAUUUAUGCCAGGAUAAUCUGAAUCUGAACUUAAACUGGAUAAACCACUUCUAAACAUUAAUGCAUUUUUCAACUUAAUUAUUAGUACUUAUUUAACAAAAUAACUAGCCAUUCAAAAAUCUUACAAAUCUGUAGAUUGUAAACGAUCAAUAGUUUUUCGUAAUUGAGCAUUUUCUUCUUCAAGAUCAUCUUUAAUUUUAAUUAAUCUAUGUUUACUAUCUUUUAAUAUUUCCACUUCUUUAACUAAAGCAUUACUUCCACCCUAAAUAAUACCAUACAUAUAGUUAUUUAAACUUUAAUUUUAAUAUCAUUUGAUUUUCAUUUUAGGUACUUACUUUUUGUAAUAAUUCCAAAGUUGAUAUUUUACGACGCAGUUCAACCACCACUUCAGCUAGUGAUGAACCACCUGAAAUCAUUUCUUUAGCAGCACGCAAUGUAUAUAAUUCUUUGGAUAGUCUAUCUUUUUCUAAUGUUAAUUCAUUGACUAAACUAUUUGACAGUACACUUGAUUGCACUAUAACUAAUAAUAAAAAUAACCAUAAUAAUUUUAAACAAGAACUACAAUCUGAUAUUUUUACCAUUAGCUGAUUUAAGUUUUAACUCUAAAACAUUUCUUUCCUUUUCCAUUCUUAUUAAAUUAUCUCUUAGUCGUUGGUUGUUCAAGCGAAGUGAAUCACACUCCCUAUUAAUUUCUACUAAUUGAUUUUGAAGUUUUUCAUUGGUUACUUGGCGUCGUUUGUUCAUCUCCCACUUACCAACUUUUUCAUCUGACUAAAAAAAAUUAUGAAAUAUAAUUAUUGUGUAGUAAUAACUAAUAAUAACUUACCUUUAGUUUCCGUAAUAAUUUGUUUUGUUCAUCUUUUUUUUUAUACUCAUCCAAUUGUAUUUCUAAUGUUUUAAUUUUUUUAGAUAGUACUUCUUCUUUAACAACUGUCAUUGCUUCGUCUCGCUUUCCUCCAGUAGGAGGUCUAAAUAGAUAUAUUAUAUUAUUUACAAACCAAAAUAACACAUUUUCUUUACAUUAAAUACCUAUAAAUUAAUUGCUGUCUUAACUUUUGAAUUUCAGAUUUAUCUUCUUUUUCACGUCUUUCAUAUUCGUUUAAUUUCUUUUUCAUUUUAUCUACUUCGACUCGUAGUCGGUUUCUUUGAGCUGGUAAUGUAUCUCUUCGAUUUUGAAAUCCUAUUAUUAUUUCAUUUAGUCUAAUAAUUUCUCUAUCUUUUUCCUUCGAGUCAUCUUCAGAUUUCAUUUGUUCCAUUUCUUUCAGUCUUCUUUCAGCUACACCACUCCAAUGUUCUUUUUCAGAAUAAGUUUGUUUGAGUUCAUCAUCGGCUUGCUUAAGCCUGUCUUCAAGGUCAGUUAUCCGUAGCAUAUAUUGAUUUACAACUGAUUUAAUGUUUUCUGAGUGAAUAGGUGAUGAAAUAUUUUUUUGAGUUCUAUAAAAGUUAAAAAUUGUUUUAAAAUUAUUACUUAUGAAUUACAAUAAAUAAAUAAAUAAAUAAAAUAAAUUUAUUAAUCAUCUUAUAAUGAUUUCUUAAUUUAUAAAAAAACUUACUUUUCUUUAUUUUCUUCAAUAUUUUGGGCUUCAGCUUUUUUUUGUAAUUCUAUUAUUUCUUUUGUAUGUUCUUCUCGACAUUCUUUUAAUAACUCUUGAAGUCUAUUUAUAGUCUCUUCUUUUUUACUAAUAAUAGUUUCCAAACUUUCUAUUGUAGCUAAUAAAGCAGGAUUUUGAGUGUCAUCUUCAGGAGUUUCAUUUGUUGCUAAUUCAAUGGCUAAUUUUCGAAUAUGGUCAUCCUUUUCAAUUAUUCCUUUUUCUAAACGAACUUUAGCGUCUUCUAGUUCUUUCAAGAUCAUUUGUUGUUUUUUGAUUAUUUUAUCAUUAUUUUCUUUUUCAGUAAGAAUAUUGUUAUUUGUCUGUGUAUUAUAGUUAUUCAUUGUUUAUCAGAAUUAUAUUAGAUCUAAAUUAAUAUAUAAAAAUGCUGCUUACUAUUUUUAACUGUCUAUUAAGAUCUUCAAGUCCUUCUAAAGUUCUAAAAUUAUUCUCAGAUUGUACACUUAUUUGUUUAUCCAGUUUUUUUGGUUGUGAUUUUAUAUCAUUACUACAAAAAUCCUGAAUUCCCCAAAGUAAGUAGUUAUGCAUACAAUCUAAAUCUAUUCGGACAAUUUCCUUCUCAAGGCUAUCGAUAAAACAAUCCUGUUUUUCAAUACGUUCCAUAAAAAGUUGAUUUUUUUUUUGUAAAUCAUCAUAGGCUAAUUGAAUUUUUAGUUCCUAAAGAAAUUUCGAAUUAUAAAUCAAUAAAUUAACUUGUAUUAUUUAAUCAGGAAGUUGUAUAAUAUAGGGUGUCCAACAAAGUUAUACCCAUAUCUUGGAAAGAAUUAACUUUUUUCAGAAUUUUUAUUGACAAUUUGAGAAAUAAGCUAAAAUGUUACAUUUUCAUUAUUUUUCAUCCCCCUUAUUUUUUGGGGGAUAAACUUACUUACCAUUGAUUUUUAAAUGGCUGUCAUAAUUAAAAAUACUAUAAAUAGAUCAAAUAUUAGUUUAAAUACAUCUUGGUGUUGAAAUAUUUAAUUUACGAGCUAAUUUCUUAAAUUUUUAAAAAAUUGCAUAAAAAAAGUUAUACUUUCUGCGAUAUCACAAAGUGUAUAUCUUCAUAUGGCACUUUAUAUAAUUAAAAUCACUUUUAAUUGCAAUUGUGUGUAUUUUGAACGGAAAUCUUCAGUAGCCUUUGUUGGAAUAUAGACUAUUUCCUCAACAUUUUUCGUCUCAUCAGAAAUCCAUUUUCUAUAAGUUAUACAUAAAGCUUCUUCGAGUUUUUGUUUGUGUUGAACCCAAAUUUGUUCAGUUACCAAAGAUAUGGAUCCAUGAUAGCGUCUUUGUAAUUCAAAAAUCAUUUUUUCUAACCGCCUAAAAAAAUAUUUUCAUAUUUAUCUUAAAUACGUUUAUUUAUUUAUGAAUUUGCAUACAUAAUUUUUGUUUUAUAACGUUCAGUAAUUAAAUCAUGUUGUUCUACAAUUUUAUUAUUUUUACAUUCUAAACCAGCAAUAAUAGUUUGUUGAUCUUGUAUUAGUGUUUUAAGUCUCAUUUCUUCAACAGAGGUUGCCAUUUGAUUAACUUCGUGAUUUGCAAUUUCGCGCAUUAAUUUGUCUGUAAAUGUUAAAUUAAAAUAAUCAAUAGAUAAAUUAUAAAUUAAUUUAAAAUUUUUUUAAAACUUAACCAAUUGUUGCUUUUUCAUCACUCAAUGAUUGUAAUUGUAUGAUACGUCUUUGCAUUACAUCAUAUUGGUGAUCUUGUCGUUUGUGAUGUUGUUCAAGAUCACGUACUUGAUUUUGGGCUAUUUCUAAUACUCUUAGUAAUCUAGUCCUUUCUCCAUUAGCUUCUUCCUAUCACCAUACAUUUAAUUUGGUUUAUAAUAUAUGUUACAAUAAAUGGAAAUACUAGUUAAUUUUUCUUUCAUAUUAUUUUAUUUUUAUAUGUUCUAUUCUAUAUGUUAGGUACAUUUAAUUGCAUGAGUAACUGCCAAGUUUAUAUGUAAAGGUUUUAAUAGAUACUUAAUAAACUAAUAACUAUAAAUAAGAAGAAUAAUUUAUAACUCAUCACAUCAGAAUAAAAAAAAAUUACUUACUAAAUUAUUUUGUGCAUCAUUUAAUCUAUUAGCCAUUUUAACGUAUUCUAAUUCAUCUACCAUAUUAACUGUAGUUUCGCGUAAACGAACUUCUUCAGUUUGACAUUGCAAAUUAGCUUCGAACAUAUCACAAAUAUUUUGCUCUAGACUUUUACACCUAGUUUCCAUUUCUUUCAUUUGAUCUUAAAAAUGUAAAUUAUUUUAUAAGAAAGAAUUAAAAUUAAAAGUAUUUCGUUUUGUAAAAUAAUUUGAAUACAUUACCUUUUAAAAGCGAGUACAUUUUUUCAGAAUGUUCUGCCCUUUGUUUACAAACAAUAUUGUCAGCUUUUACUGAUGCCAGUUCAUCAUCAGUUCCAUAAAACUUAUCUACCCCAAUCACAAAAUUAAGUCUUUGAUCUUUUAAGAUAGUUACUUCAGUCAUUAAACUUUCUGUUAAUAAUUUUAAUGUAUCUUCCUAUAAGGAUAAAUUAUUUAAAAAUGUAAAUAUUAAAUAUUUUAACUUUUACAGAUUUAAACUAUUACCCUAUGAUAGGAAUGUAUUGUUAAAAAUAUUAUAAGUUCACGUGUAUGUAAAUAAUCAAAAAGAAAUUUGUGAGCAAAGGGAUUAUAUACAGUGCCAUGGCCAGGAGUACUGGGAGCAUCUGCCUCCCCCCUGAAAUCUUUUUGGAAUUAGUGAUUUGUGUAUUUUUCUACAAGGCUACAAAAUUUGUUUUAACUAAACAUUGUAAAAUUAAGUGGGUAUAAAUAAUAAGUGAUAAGGGAAUAAGGGAAUCAUAAAACAACAGGUAAUAAGUAGUCUAGCUUGAAAAACUAGAUAAAAAAAAUGUAGUGUCUCAUCCAGAAAUGUUCUUUUGGCUACAAUUUGGCUGUAUAUAUACAUCUUAAAAUACUUAAAAUAUUUAUAAACAUUUUAGUAAGUAUUUUAUAAAAUAGAAUUUUAAAUUAAAAUUUUUUAAAUAAUAUUGAUAAAUAUAACAAUGAAAAACAAAAUAAUAAUUAAUAUUUUUAAUUUUCAGAUAGUAAAUACCUUAAAUAAAACUAAAUGUAAAAUUUCUCUGUGUUUAGCAGUUAAAGUUUCAAAAUCCUGUUUCAAUACUUUAUAUUCACUAAUGUCAAUUAAAUUUUUCAUUUUAUCAUACAAUUUGUUUAAUUCAUUUUUUUGCUGUUCCUAUAAAAGGACAUAUAAAGAUAAUAAAAUUUUAGGAAAAUAAAUAAAAUAAUAUGUAAUUCAGGAGUUAAAGAUAUAAAUGUUUAAAUUAUAAAUGCAUAAUAAGAAAUUACUAUAGAUAUUUUUUAAAUAUUAUGUAGGUAAAUACUUGAAUUUUUAGUAAAUUUUCCAUUUCAAUGCUAUUAGUUGCCUUAACUGCCCAAAUUUCUUCUAUAGCUUUUUGUUUUUCUUUCUUUAAAGUUUGUUCUGUUUGAACACAAUAUUCGUACAUUCGUUUAGUCGCUUGUAAUUCUUCAGUCAAUCCUGUAACUCUAAAUAUUAAUAUAAUUAUAUAUAUUAUGUUACUGUGAAUUUCCAAAAUUGGCAAAUGCUGGCAGUCACCUGGUGAAUGUAAACAAUCAAUUAACCAUUAAAUACAAUUGACUUGUUUAAAAAACUACAGAUUGUGUAGAAAAAAAAAUAAAUGUAAAUACUUUGUAGGCUACUGUUGUAGGCAAGAAUUUGGGAAGGUAGGAUAUUUGAUAUUAUAAUUCUUAUAAAAAAAAAAAAUACUACUUUAAACUCAAAUUUUUUUUGUUGACCACUAAGUACAACUUGUAAUGAGCCUCCUGUUAAAUUGUCAAGCAUUUCCGUUUAGUAGAAGAAUUUUAUCCACAGGAGUACCUACUGAAUAAAAAUUAUGUAAAACAUUCAUAAAAUUAAAAUGUCUAUAAAUAGCUCAAAACAGGCUCAAAUGUUUUGAAAUUUGAACAUGUAUAGAAGUAGGCAAGUAUAAGUUUUAUGUUCAUAUAGCAGUCGAACUUUGCUUAAACGUCACUCUGUUAAUUGUCUUCUGAUUCACUGUCAUACUCAAAUUUAAAUAUUUAUCGUUAUUAAAAAUUUCCGUAAUGCUAAAAAUAGAAUUCGAUCAUGUGUGACAAUAAAUUGACAAAUUCAUUCUCUUACAUCUCAGUUUGAUUCUGGUAGCCGAGUCAAGUCGUUUAUGUAUCAUCGUUAGACAAUUUUCAAAAUUUCCAUACAUCCGGUUAACCGUUUAUUUGAUUAUUCGUCAAGGCUUUAGUUCGAUGCCUGACGGAUAAUCGAAGUAACACUGUACUUCAAGACUAUGAAUAUUUCAAACUGAAUAGCAUCAAAAAACAAAAUUACAAAUAAUUUAUUUUGUAUAUUUUCUCUUUUUCCCAAUUAUAAUGAAAACCGAUUUAAAAUACCCCCCAGAUAAAAUUUAAUUUUAGUAAAGGUACUACACUCGAAAAUCCGAACUUGAUUUAUUGAUUUAUAGUAGAACAGUUGUUCACAGAUAAAAUAAAUAAACAUUGUAUUGGUGUAACCUCAAAAAAAAAUAAAUUAAUAAUGUUGAUUAACAUUUGUUAUCAUUAUUUCAACAAACCCGACACUGGGUAUUAGGCACGAAAUUUAUAUCUUAAUUUGUAUUAGUCCACAGCUUGCUGAAUUAUUUUAGGUUAAAUGAUUUAAAUCUGUUCGACAAAGAUGAUGUCGCAAUUCAAAAUGCAUAAAAACUGAUGAAUGAAACUAAUUAUUUAAUUUUAUCAAAAUUAUUAACUUGUACAAUAGGCACCUAAUAUUUUAUAGGUACUUACUAGUUAGUAGUUACUAGGGUGCCUUGAUGAUGUUUCUAUCAAGGCACUCUAGUAGUUAUAAGUUAGUCUCAGUAUACCUAUAGUAUAUAAUAUGUUCAUGAUGCCUAUUAUUAUAGUAAUACAUAGUAAUAAAUUAUGAUUGUGAUACUACUUCCGUAAUUCCAAGAUUAUGUUUAAAGAAAACAAAAUCGGUAUUACCGACAUCUAUCAAUAUUGCUAGGUAAAUGUCAAUAUAUUUUACUAGUAAAACUUGACAAACUGAUUUUAGAUUCUGAGCGUAGCGAAGGAGCUAUUGUUUUUAUAAAGUUUUUUUUUCCUUGUCUGUGGAUACGUUUUUUCCUAUUAAACUUGCUCCGAUUUUUACGUGCAGCAAUUUUUCUGAAAGUUCAAGUUAUCCAGACGGUACCAUUUUUUAAAUAAAGCAUUUAAGUAGAAAAAAACGUAUAAUUUCACAAUUUUAUAAUUUUAUAAAAACAGACAUUUUCUACUAGAAUAAAUAAUUUAAUCGAAAAAUUACUAGACACUUUUUUUUUGCCUUUUCGAUUUACUUUCUUACGCCAAAACUUAUGAGUCACUUUUGAACUUUGAAGGAAUUUUAAUUGUUGAGAUUUAUUUUGCUGUAAUUCGGUUAUAAAUACACGUAGAGAUUUGAAACUUUAUAAUAAUAUUUAUAUUGGACUCACCUAGACGUGGUAAAAUUUCCAAAAUCACCGGAUGACUUUUUUUUAAUACGCGUAUUUUGAAAUCAAAUUUAAACGAAAAUUGCAAAAAUUAUAUUUAACCGAAUUGCGCUCGAAAUCCUGUUUCGUCAAGCAAUGGUUUACCGUUGCUUAGAGAUAUAAAUGAUAUAAUAUUAUGUAUCCUACCUUCCCAACUUUUCACCUACAAACAAUAACCACUCUCAUCCUCAGUAUCAGCUCUUUUUUUUACAUUCACCAUUUCACCAAUGUUAGUAUACAUAACAAUUUAUUCAAGUGAUAUUAAUCAAGGCUCAGUGUAUCAUGAAAAUAGUACCUAUGUUGAGCGAUUGUAGUACCUACUCAAAACAGUGAACUUAAUAGUUACGUAUUUUUGUUUGUUUAUAAUUUUUGUAUAUAUUUCUUACUUUAUAAUAUUAUGAGAUAACUGACGUUUAUUUUCAUCAGGAUCCUCUAGCAUUGUUUUCCAUGAUGAUUCCAAUUCAAUUAAUUGUUUUCUUAAAUCGUUUUCUUUAUCACAGUUUGUUUUUAGUUUUGUCUCUAAUUCAUCUACUAAUGAUUGCAUUUUAUGUUUUUCAUUAUCAUAUUCAUUAUUUAAUAAUUUCAUUUCAUCUCGCAAUUGAUGAAAUUUAUUUUGAAAUAAUUUGAUUUCUUCUUCUAGAGCAUGAGAUUUUUCCCUCUCGUUCUGUAACUAUAUAAGAACAUUAGGUAUUGAAAAUGAAACUUUUAAAUAAAUGUCUGUAACUUAACCUCUUUAAGACAAUUUGAAAGUUCAUCGUCUUUUUCUUCUUCAGUUACAUUACAUUUUUUGUGUUUUUCUUCAUUUUGUAUAUUAAUAAGCUGUUGUUUGGUUUCAGUUAAUGAGUCACUAUAUUAUAUACUUCAUUAUAAGUACAUAGAAAUGUAUAAUAUUUUUUAAAAUUUCAAAUAAGUUAUAAUUACUGUAAUGAAUGAAGUUGGUGUCUUAAAUUAGAGUUUACUCCUUCUAAAUUAUUGAUUCGAGCUAAUAGUCUCAUGCCAGGUUGAUACCAACCAGCUACAUGUCUAGCGUCCAUAGCUUCUAAAAGUCUCUCCAAGCUUUGACAUUCAAUUCGUACAACACUCGAUCCUAGUUAUUAGGUAAUGAUUAUUUAUUUUUUACAAUAAAUUUAACAGUAAAUAUAUUAAUUAAAAUUUAACUUAAUUAAAAAAAUGUGCUAAUUAAAAUUUAACUUCGCACAUUUUUUUUCAAUAUUUUUUUAAUUUUUAUAACCCUUAAUUUUUAGGAUGCACAUAUUUCUUAAAAAAGUAUAAAUAAAAUAUUUAAUACCAUCCUGAUUAUGUACACUAUCAAGUAUUUCAUGCAUUCCUUUCCGAAGGGAUUCAUUUUCCUCGAUUAACUCUUUUACAUUGUCUUCAAGUUCUGAUCCAAUAUCUACAUCUUGUUUAGACAUUUCAGAUUGUAUAGUAUUAUCUAUAAUAUCCUUUUCUUUUGAUGAAAUAUAUUUAACAGAGUCAGUAGAUUUACUCAAACUACGAUUCUGAAAUAAAAAUAUGUUUUAAUUAAUAUUAAUAUCAACCUAAUAUAAUAAAUGAAGGUAUUUUCCUAAAUGUCUGAUAUAAGUAUAGAUAUAUAUCCAAAUCUGUUACCCACUGGUUUAAAUUUUUUGAGUAUUAGCAGACAGUGGGAGUACUGAAAACACCCUGAAACUAGAUUUUUAAGUUAAAUUUUUUAAUGGGUACUUUUAAUAUUAUAUUGAACUUUAUUAUCUAAGCCUGCACAAGUACAUAGAGUGUAUUAUUUGUUGAAAGUACAAUCCAUAGAAUAGUAAGAUGAUAAAUUUGUCUCAUUAAAUUAUUUGUCUUUUUAUAUUCUGUGGUGACUGGUUACACAAUAUAAAGGAAAAGAUGGAUGAGAUAGCAAAAAGAGAAGUAUAAUGAUUAAGAAUAAAAGAAACAUUUGGUAACUUGAUGUCAGAAUUAUUAAGGAUAUCAGGAAAAUUUCUUUUCUUGUCACCCAGAUAGACAAUAUAAACCAUAACUUGCUGCUAAGUAUGUCUGUGCCUUAGAAGUAAUGGACUUGCUUAUAAAUAAUAAUUUAGCUUUAGAACUAUUAUGAAAUUGGGAUAAAAUAAUUUUUUAUCAAGCGAUAAAUCAGUAAUAUAUACACAAUUGGUCAAUAAAAUUAACUUGCUUUGUGUGUAAGAGAAUGCAUGGUUAAUAUAUGUAUAUAUAUUUUGUAUGAAAGAUUAAACUGUUUAAGCACAUACUUUUAAUUUAAGAUUGACAAUUAUUUCCUUGCAGUCAUCAAGUUCUUUCUGUAAAGUAGUUAUUUUUGUGUAUGCUUCUUUGUGUCUAGCCAUCAUGCCUUUAGGUCUUACAACAUCGUCCACAGACAAACCUAAUUUUUCCCUCAUAGCUAAGUUGUCCUGCUCUAAAAGAUCAGCUUCCUGAUGAAGUUGAUUACUUGACUCUAUUAGUUCUUUUAUUUGAUUGUCUCGUGUAUUUAAUUCUUUUUUUAGUUUCCUUAUAUCUUCCAUUGCUUCUUCUAAACCAUAUUCCCCAGAUUCAAAUUCACGAACGCGUAUUAUUAAUUUGCUUAUCUAUUAAAAAAAAAAAAAAAAAAAAAUUAUAAUAAUAAAAUAUAUUAUAAUUAAACACAUUAACAAAGUAACAUAUAAGCUCCCAACGAGUUAACUAACUACUGUUUGCUUGUUUAUUGAACAGUUACAGUUUAUUUUUUUUUGUUUAUUUAAAGUUUUAACACCCUAAAUGGGUAAUUAGUAUACAAUACUGUUAUAUAGAUGUACAAAAGUUUACAUAGUAUAGAUCUAAAUAUUAAAUAUUUUAGCAGAAAUAAAGGGAAUAAAAAAUGAAAUAAAUAUACAAUCAUUACAUGUAAGUUUAACUAUUAUUCAUUAUUAUAUUUUUUAAUUUAAAUUGUGAAUCAAAAGAAAAAUCAAAUUAAGUACAAGCAUCUAAAAGGUGAUACUCUGGAUUAUGUUUAAUUAUAUUUGUUAAGCAUUUUGGAACUAAGAAAGGGCAAUUAUUUUUUGAAUUGAAAGUUUGAAUUUUAAAGUUAAUCUUUAUAAUAACUUCUGGGCAAGAUAGUUUAUUGUUCAUUAAUUUAUGAAUAAAAGCUAAAAAGUUAUAUCUAUAUAGAGACUAAUAAUCCUAAAUCAAAUUAUACAGUUCAGCUAUCUAGAGGGAUAUCUACUAAACCUAAUUUGUAUAAAAUGUUGUUGAACUCUUUCAAUUUUGUUGAUAAGAUAAUUUUGUUUAGGAUUCCAAAUUUCUAAUGCAAAUUAUAAUAUGGCCCUGACCAUAGAGCAAUAUAAUACCCUAAGUCUGUUAAUGUUUUUAAAUUCGGAACAGUUUUAGUUUAUAAAGCCAAUGGCCUGUAGAGCUUUGCUAUAUAGAUAGCAUUAAUAUGAAUAUUAAAUGUGAGAUCAGAGAACAGUAGUAUAUUUAGAUCUCAUAUAGUAAAUGAAAUUUGUAAUUCAAAAUGGUUUAUUUUUAUAUAUAUAUAUAUAUAUAUAUUGUAUAGUUUUAUUUAUUAGACUCGUAAAUGAAACAUAUUUACACUUAGAAGGGUUUACUAAAACACCGCUUUGAAUACACUAUGUCGAAAGUUUAUCUUGAUAAUUUUUUAACUGGUCUGAGUCUUCAAUUGAAUUAAUUGGUUGAUAGAUAUUUAGGUUGUCAGCAAAUAAUUAAUAUUAAAUUACUUGAUUUAAACAUAUCAUUUAUAAAUAUAAUAAACAAAAUAGGAGAUGUAGUCAGAAUCCUUUUUUCACAUGAAAACAAAUAAAUAUUGAUUAUAUAUGAGUACUAUGAUAUAGAUGAUUACUCUAAAUUUAGUAUAACAGAAUAAAAAAAUGCUUAGAAUAAUAUUUGUAAGUUGUGUUUUUUGGUUCUUCUAAACUAUUAGCUAUAUUUUUUAAGCUAAGUUAUUUACAGACUAAAAAAAAAAUCACAUACUAAAGCCAAUAAAUCUCAUGCUUCGUGUAAAAGUGAAUUGAUAUUAAAGAUGAAUGUAUCACUGUUGUAAGUGGGGAGUUGACAAGGUAGAAUACAUAAAUAUAUUUAAUUUAUAUCUGUAUCAUUCUCAGCAAAGUUUGGAUGUAUAUGUUAUGAAAUGCUGUACUUUUGAUGAUUUUACAUUAAAAUUUAAUCUUAAAACCAUUUUUAACAUUGACCAAUUUUCUACUUUGAUCAUAACAUAAAAUAAUAAUACAAUAAACUAUAUAAAAUUUUACUUGUUCUGCUUUCUCUGUUGCAUCUUCUUCUGCUUUUUGACUCUUGUCUAAAGCUAAUUCUAACUGCUUUUGAGUUUUUGAUAAUUUUGUGCGUAAAUCUUUUAAUUCAGGGGAUUCAUUAGAUUUUUGAAGUCUGUAAAUAUUAUAAAUUAAAUUGUGUAUAAAUAUUUAAUUUUGAUGUGAUAUUUAUAUUACAGUUCAGUAUGUAAUAUUUUUUGAUGUUCAAGUGCAGCUGAACUUCUAUUCAGAUCAUUAGUUGCCUGAUGGACUUGUUUCUGAAAUUCCAUUAUUUGAUCUUCUUGUCUAGCUACAGUCUUUUAAUUUAUAUUUUAAUUAAUUUAAAUGUGUGUACAAUUAAACGUAAUUAUAUAUAUAUAUAUAUAUAUUAAAUAAAUGGGUAAAAAGAAGUUCAGAUUAAAUAUUAAAAAAAAAUAGAAAUAUUUGUUGAGGGGAUUGGAAGCGGUAAUUUUUUGUGUUCUAUUUUAUACACAUGCAACAUAGGAAUUUAGUCGUGUUCUAUAUCCAAUUUAUUAAUUGGUAAAAUGAAAAGACAAAAAUUCUGAAAACAGAUUUGAAUUUGUUGUCAAGUCUUUUUGAAAUUAACUUUCAAAUUUUUGAUUUGAUUACCUAAAUACUAAAAAAGCCAUAAUAAAAAAUUUAAAAAUAAUGACAAAUUCAAAUCUGAUUUCAUAAUUUGUAUCGUUUCAUAAGACCAAUGAGUACAUUGGAAAUAGAACAUAUCUAAAUGCUUACAUUGCACAUAUGUAAAACAAAAACAGAAAAUCAUUGCUUCCAAUGCCCUUAAUUCAAAAAAUUAUAAUUUAUUAUUAUAUUAUAUCAUUACUAUAUUUAUAAUACUAUUUUUCUAUACAUUUUGCAUACAUGAAGAAAAAAUGAUUGUAACAUUUAAUUUAAAUUUAACCCUAUGUAUACAUAAUGCUGAUUAAUCGUAUUAUUACUUCUUGUAGUUUUGCUAAAUAUGCAUUUUGAUUUGCAAUUGAAUCUGUUGAUCCUAUUCGAGAUUUAUAAUUAGUGAUUUCUUCAUCUUUUUUUGACAAUAAUUCCUUUAAUAUUUAUUAAUGAUAUUAAUAUGUUUGUGACCUUAUAAAUAAAUUUAAUAUUUCACCAUUAAUUGUUUUAUUCUGGAUUCAAGUUCUUCUCCUAGUUCUUCAAUUUGUUCUUCACAUCUUUCUUUUUCGGUCACCAAUUCAGAAAUUUGAUUCCGUAGACCUUUGUCAUUCAAUUCUAAUGUUUUAAUUCUAUCUGUACAAUUAUAGUUUGAUUAGCCUAUCAUAUAUUUCGACAAUGGUGAUUUCAUGUUUAAUACCUAUGUAUUAAAGUAAACAUUAAUUUUUACCUAUAUAUUCAUCUUGUAAACAUUUCAUAUUUCCAAAUUCGGCACUUAAUGUGUUUAAAUGUAUUGUAGCAUUUUGAAGUUCAGUUUUUGUGUUGGUUAACAAUUGUUUUAACAUUUUAUUUUCCUUUUCUGACGACUAAAAUAAUAUAUAUUUAUAAAAUUAAGUUUAAAAAAUAACAUUAAUUAAAUAAGAUUUAGUAUUUUUAAAAUCAUUAUUAGCAAAAUAGAUUGCUAAAUAAAAUGUCAAUAGGUAUUAGGUAUAAUUACUUCAAUAUCGUUAAGUAUUUGUGUAAUAUGUUGAUUCUUUUGCCUGACUGAUUCUGUUAGAUCCCUAAAUCUUUCCGCCAUGCUUAAAUUAUCUUCAAGUGGGUGAUCAUCAAGUUGAUGCCCAGAACUUUCGUCUUGUAUAGCAUCGAGUUCUCGCCGAAGUAAAUCUCUUUCAGUUUCAACUUUUGAUAAUUGCGAAAAUAUCUAUUGCAUUUUUACAUUGUGAUUUGAUUUUUAAAAAUUAUUAAAAAAAUAUAAGUUUUGUUUCCAACCUUAUCAAUUUCUUUAACUUUAAAAUCCACUUCUUGCUUUUGUUGUUGAACAUCUGAUAAUAAACGUUCAUUUUCCAAUUCUAGUCUAGUCAACUCUUUUCGGAUUAAUUCUGUUUCUAAUUUUGAAUUAGUAUAAUUAAUUAGUAUUUAGUAUCUAUUGAUUGAUUCAAUCAGUGUUAAUCAACUGUUUAAUACAUAUAUAUAUAUGUACUAGGAUGUACAAUAUACCUAUUAAACAUUUAUAGAUACAUAGGACAUUUGUUGCAUAAGUAUACAUAAUAUUUAUUAAAUUCUAAUAUCAAUUAAAAUAUAAGUAGAAAAUGUAAUAUUUUUCAAACUAAAAAAAACUAAUUCAUUUUGUCAUGUAUCUAAAAAAUAUUCGAAUUUACUUCCAUGAUCCUCUCAAACACUAACAGUUAUCUAUAUUUAAUUAUUUCAACGUUUGUUUAACUUCGAAAUGAACCCAUUCGAUGUGUACUAAUACUCUGAGGCGGAACUAGGGGGGUGGGGAAACCCGGGAUUAAUCCCUGGGCGUAAUUUAUUUGUGAGCUUAUAUUUAGUGUUUGAUGUUAGAAAUUAGAAAAACAUUUUUAUUUCACAUUAUUUGUUUAUGAUGUGGUGAUGGCCACGUUCGAAGGAAUGAAAAUCAAAAAGAUAAAAUCAUACACAGCCUAAAAUAAUUAAUCGUCAUUAUCUUAUUAAUCUGAUACAGCGCAAUCGGCGUACGUUGAUGGUGGACAGUACAUACUGCAUACAGACAGAUUACAAAAUUACAGACUAAUAAUAAAAAUAAUAUAUGCAUAAAACAUAAACCCAUAAACGUAUAUGAAUAAUAAAUAUAAAUAUAAUAUAAACAGAGUGAUUUUUUUUAUCAUUAUACACUUAUUAUUUCGCAAAAUAUCGACUUUUUUUUGAAAAUAAUUUUUUCACAAUUUAACAAACAAGCAGAUAUAAAAUUUUAUAUUUACGUAUUUUUUGUAUUAAUUGUGUGGUGUUUAAAGUAUUCAACCGAAAAAGUAAAUAUUUUGCAAAAUAAUGUACAUAAAUAUGAACUUUAGCCGCGUUAUCGUUGACGCACGACAAUGAUACGCGAUGAGGAUAAAAAUAGUACAAAAUUAAUUACCAUAAUUAUAAACACUUUAUUUUGCCGUUUGUCAUUUACAUGUUGUUAUAUGAUUGUGCAUAAUUUUAAUAUUUUUCCUGGGCAUAAAAAAUCCUAGUUCCGCCUCUGCUUACACUUGUAUAUUAGCAUAUAAUAGUUUGAUAAAUAAAUAAAUUGAUAUCUGGACAAUUUGCUGUGAACAAUUUAUUAAGCAGCCAAUUCACCACCCCCGUAUACCUAACCUAUAUGUAUUUGUUAUUAUGUAUAAAUAUAAAACUCUAUUCUAAGGUUCUUAAAUAGAUUCUGAGUGUAACGAAGAAGUUUAUGGUUUUACAAAGAUGUUUUUUUUUUUUCUAUAUCUGCGCAACCUUUCUACCAGAAGACUUCUACGUGUAACACUUUUUCUGAAAGGAAAUCGGUAUGGGGAGGUAUUUUGUCGAUUUUCUCAAGAGUUUUCUCAUCAAAUUUGAAAAACAAAAAAAAAACAAGAAAUGUAGGUAUCAUAUUACGGCCUUCUUUUUUUCUGUGUACAACUUUUCUACCAGCAAUUUUGUUCCAACUUUUAAUGAUAACAAUGUUUCUAAAAGAAAAUUUCACUUGCGAGGUACUUUAAAGAGGUCAUUUUUCUAAGAGUUUUCCCAGCAAAUUUGAAAAAAUCGAGAAAAACGUAGGAAUAUUGGGAAAAUCGGUACAACAUUAAACAAAUUUUAUUAAAGAAAAUAUAUAAAGCCUAUUUAAUUAUUUUUAACUAUAAAAUGACAUAUAUAUAUUGUUGAUUUCACUAUCAACUGAACUCCGCUCAGAAUCGUUUUUUCGUAAGCAAUGGUUUAUUGUUGCUUACAGAAAUACAUUAAAUUCCUAUCUUUCUUGCUUCUCACCCACAACAGUGGCCUAUCCAUUGUGUAAAGUAUGUCCAUCUUUUUAUUAGGUGUACUUUACACUUUAUAAUAUAUAUAGGCUUAGGUAUGCAUUAUUAUAUCGUACCAAAAUCUAAUUUUUUAACAUAUUAUAUUUUUAAAUUAAUUAUGUAAAAUGACAUACGUUCAUUUUGUGAUAAAUCAUCCACAUUAAUUGAUCUCAUUUCUUCUUCUUUCAAUUUUCUUGCUUCCUCUUCACCUUGUUUAGUGGCUAAAUCUUCGAUUUCAGUCAUCAAUGAAUCGACCUUAAAAUUUGAAAAUGAAAUAAUAAAUAAUUAGUAAUUAAUAAUUAUUAAAUAGUUUUAUAGUCAUCUCACUUGUUCUCCUUUAUACAUCAAUAUUCGCCUAAAAAUUUUAAACAUGUUUUCGCACUGUUUUUGAUUCAUGUUAAAAUCCAGUUGAGUACAUUCAGUUAAAGUUACCUCCUUGUACCAUUGAUCUAGAUCCUGUUCGUUCAUCUCAUCUGCUGAGACAGCUAACAUUUUUCUUAAUUCUAAUUGCACCAUUAUAUUAUUUUAUAAAGAUCAACUAAUGUCUACCAAUUAUACCAUGGUGUGAUGUAAGCAAUAUGUUUAAUUAUAAUAGUAGAAAAAACCAUUUACUUGCUUUUAUCUAUUGUUGUGACCAGAGUUGCCUUAGCAACACUACACAGUAUACAGCUACAAUGCACUAAGUAUAGAUAUACAUUUAUUGUGACUACAUUUCAGCUAUGAGUAGAGUUUAUUUUAUAAACUGAAAAAUAUUGAAUAUGUAUAUUAUAUUCACCAGGUAAAUAUACCGGGUGAUCCAUUUAAGUGGUACAUUCAUUCAUUAUCUUGGAAAGUAUUAACUUUUUUCAACAAUUUCUGUUUUGAAAAUUAAAGAAACUAGCAUUUCUAAAAUGUUAUGUUAACAUUAUCUCCAUUACCUUUUUGUAAGUGAAAUAACUAUUUACUUGGCAUUAUUAAAACGCCGAGUUGCCUUACAAAUUAUGCUCCAUUACUCUUCCCUUACUCAAACUUUAAUGGAAUAUUAUAUCUCGGGUUGACUGAAAUAAACAAUUUCAACAACAAAAUUGAUUUAAACUAAUACUCAAUCUAUUUAUGGAAUUUUAAUAUAGGUUGCCAUUUGAAAAUCAAAAGAAUGUAGUCGUUUCACUCCCUAAAAUAAGAAUGACAAAAAUAAUGGUAAUUUAAUAUUUUAGAGCUAACCAGUUUUCUUAAAUUUUUAAAGUUAAAUUCUUUCGGAGAUAAUGAGUGUACCUACUUAAAUAUAGAUAUACAGUGUGUUCCAUUGUGUUAGACUGAUUUUUCUUGCGCUGUUAAUUAAAAUUUUAGAUUUUGUUUUCAAUCGGUUUGUCUUCGACGGGGACAUCGAAUUGGAAAAAAAAAAUUUUAUUUUUAUCUUCUAAAAACAAAAAAAUAUAACUUUUUAUUUAUUCACUUUAGAACAUUUUCAAAAUAGCUAUUUUGUGAAAAUAUCACUCUAAAAAUUAUUAUGUAACACAUUCAUGUCCGAUAAAUAAUUUUUUAGCUAUAGUCGUUUAAAUUAGGCGUAAAAACAAUUAACAUUCAAUAAAAUAACUCGUUAUGCGAUAAGGAAUUACAAUCAGCAUGGUAAUUUUUUACCUUCUAUUGAAUAUUAAUUGAUUUCAUGCCUAUUUUCUAGAAAUUAAAACGCUUAUAAUUAAGAAACUAUUAAUCAGAUAUAAAUGUAUGAUACAUUAAAAUUUUUAAAAUAAUAUUUUUCACAAAAUGGCUAUUUUGAAUAUUUUCUUAUGUAAAUAAAUAAAGUUAUUUUUUUUUGUUUAGGUGGUGAAAAUAAAAAUUUAAUUUUUUCCAAAUCGAUGUCCUUCUCCGAGAAUGAAAAAAUGAAAUCGAAACAAAUUUAAUAUUAACAGCACUAGAAAAAUCCGUCUAACUCUGUGGAACACACUAUGUAUAUAAUAUACUAUAAUAUAAUAUAAUAUAUAAUAUACCUAUAUUAUAUAGAUAUACCUUAUUAAUGACUAAAUUAAAAAUAAUAUAUUUUUUUUAUUUUAAGGGAGGGAAGGAAAGUUAAUUUUUCAUCAAUCAAUUUGAUAACUCUUUUUGCACUUUAUGCCAUGUUUUCUUUACUAAAAGUUCCUAAAUAAUAAAAUAACAAAAUAUGUGUAACAUAACAAAAUUGUAUUGUUAUUUAAAUUAACAUCCAGCUUGACACAUGAUUAACAAAUAUCUAUAGAGGUGGCGACAUGAGCAUAUCAUUUUCAUGCAUAUCUCUUGUUUUAAAUCUAAGCAAAUCAUGGUCAAUGUCAAUUGCUUGUAGAUCUUUAUCAAAUGUUGCUGUAGAUUGAAAUGAAUUAUAUGAGCAUAAGCUGUUCCAGUCCGGCUGAGGAAGCAGAUUAGAAGAAUCGCCAAACAAUGGAUUUUCUGAAAAAAAAAAAUAAAUAUAUUUAUAUAUAAAAAUAGGUAUGUUGCUUGACUUAAAAUAUUAAAGAUACCUUAAGGUCUAAAUGUUUAAAUAGACCUUUGUUACGUUAGGAAAAUUCGAGGAAAAAAUAAAUAAAAUAUAAUUAAUAUACAAGAAUUUUUAAAUACUUGGUUAUUUAAACUAUACCAGAGUUUGACAUUAACUAUAAAAUAUUUCUCGGUAAAACAUAAAUUAAAAAUUGUGUUUAGAACUCAAAUUAUGGUAAAAUAAAAAGAAAGAAAACUAAUAUGGUCAAAUAUAGUCACUGUCAAAUUAACAACUACCUGGUUGUCAGAAUCUAAUUAGUAUAUUUACUAAUAUUAAAUAAUUAUUAAGAGUCCAUCUGUAAUACACGACCAUGUAAAAUAUCGAUUAUGAAUUAUGAUAAGUAAUAAAAUUCUAUGUACCACCAAUAAGUGCAAAUAUUUGAGUUUCAAUAAUUCCCUAUUACAUUAUUUGUGUGUUAAGUACCUCCACGACAUUUUAUAGUUAAUCAUGUCUUUUAGAAUUAAUUAAAUUGUUUAAUAGGUACUUAAUUUUGGCUGAAGUGUAUAUUACCACGCCCCUAUUGAAUUUAAACAUUUUUAAAUUAGUUUCUAAAGAAGUGUUUUUCGACGCUGAUUUUGAAAAAGACUUUGAGAUUUCAACUCGUAAAAUAAAAACAGCAUUAUUUUCGAUUUAAAACCGUGAAGCUAACCUAGCCACCCAGGAGGUCACCUAAGUUUUGGUCUUGCAUUUUUGGUUCUUCAUUUUUUUUCCCUUGUUAUCUACCCGGCAGAAGUUUUGCUUAACAAAUCUAGUUAGGGUUUAUUUUAAUUUUUUUUGGUUUUAUGAACUUAUAUAAGCUUACGUAAUGAGGUAAUAUACCAUGGAGGUAAUCAGAGGGUUAAAUUUCUUGUUUUUCAGUUUUCCGUAAUAUUAAAUUAAAAAAAUAAUAAAGACCUGUACAAAUUGUAUUUUUUAUUAAAAUACCUACAGUAUUCGAAUCACUAAAACUUUUAAAAUAAUAGUUUAAAAAAAAAUUAAGUUGAAAUCUACAUUUUAAAAAUUCGAUGUUUUUAUAGUUUUUUGAAAAUAAUAACAGAAUUUAAUAAUAGUAUGUUCAAAAUCAUUGUUAAAAAACAUGUGUUUUUCAAUAAAAAAAAAAAAAAAUUGAAAUUCUUGUUACUAAUUUCUAACCUGUUAUACAAGGAUUUAUGAUUUGUUCGUUUGAGUUUUGAUGUUGUGAAAUCAAAGUUUUUUCUUGUUUUCGCCAUUUAGCUCUACGAUUUUGAAACCAUACCUACAAACAAAUAUUUUAAAUAAAAUACCUAUACACAUAAAUAAGUUUUAUUUUACUCUUUGCAAUUAUAUAAAUACCUGCACUCUAGCUUCGGUCAAGUCAAUUCGCAUGGCCAAUUCUUCACGAAAGAAAACAUCGGGAUAGUGUGUUUUUUGAAAUGAGUUUUCCAAUUCUUCUAGUUGGAAAUUUGUGAAUGUGGUUCUGAAAACACAAUUCCAAAUUUAUACUAAAAUAGUACAACAAGCUUCUUAUACUUCUAAACUUGUAGGUCAGAUAUAUGUAUAUAGUUAUUGGUUGAGUAAAGAUGAGUGUUAGUGGUGUUACCUAUAUCUUCGUUGUUUUCUCUUCACGUUACUAUUAGAGUUUUGGUCGGUGCUUAAAGAUCCGGACGAUUGAUCGUUUUCGUCACAUCGAUCUGACGGGCUUGUUGUCAUGUCACCGUAAUCUGUAAAAGAAAAUGAAUGAUUCGAAAACAAUAAAAUCAAUCAAAUUUAAUCAUACCGUAGUGAUGAGACCCUGUUCCCAAAAGACCGUCCAGCACAGUGUCCCUGGAGUCUGUUUCGGUACAUCGUAAGUCUGAAAUGUCCAGAAUAGCUUUCUCUUCCAUAUCCCUAAAUGCUCCAUGUUUAAUAGAAUUUCUAUAUGUAGUAGAGGUACCUAUACAAUUUAUACGGGUUGUGAAUAAUUACUGACCUUAGUGAUGACAAAUUUAAUUAUGUCACUGGAACGGCUAUAAUUAAAUGAGCAGUAAUUCGGUUAGGAUGCCUUGUACAGUGUUGUUUAUUUUUACAACCUAGGGUACCACGCUAUUAUAUUAGAAUACGAUUCACACUCUACAAAACAAAAUAGUGUAUACGUUUUGAACUUUUGAGCUUCUAUAGAAGCAGUACAAAUGCUUUCCUUAUUAACACGAAUGGAUUCGGUUGAUGGUUCUCUUGCAUAACCCAUUGAUUUUUUUUUUUUUCAUGUAACUGUAGAAUAAUAUAUUAAAUAUCAACAUUGUCGUCUUUGGCCCUUCACAUCCUCAUAGUAUUUAUUAAGGCGUGUUUAUAAAUCAAAUAGAUUGUAUAUCUUGGUUGAUACUUUUUAGUGGACUAUUACAUUUUAAUAAUAACCUUGUAAUAAGUAAUAUUAAAGAAAAUAAUGUAACGAUAACACAGUAAUAAUUAAUGUUUGAACAAAAAAAAAUAUCACUUAUUUCAUAUAUAUAUUAUAUAUUAACAUAACAAGUAAAGUAGGUACGAUAAUAUAUUUGACUGUAGUAUGUUAUGUAUAAUUUUACAGUAAUUUAUAAAUCAUUAUAAAUGAUAAUUUUAAUUGUUUAUUCUGAUUCAGUGCUACUUUAUGAAUUUAAUUUAAAUUUAUAAAUGGUAAAGCAUUAUACACAAUUUAAAUUGUAAUAUAUUAUUCUUGGACAAACCCAAUUAUUAUGGUUUCCAAGAAAACUGUAAUAGAAAUAAAGAAAACUAACACUAGAUGGAAAAAUGCAUUGAUAAACACAUUCGACAUGUAACAAUAUAAAAAAAAAAAAUAACAAAAUCAUUAUUAUAAACAAGACGUCAAACUCAGUGAAAUUAAAAGAACGAUUAAAGAGGUAGCUUAGCGUGACUUCGAUAUAGUAGACAAAAUAAGAGAAAUAGACUGGAGGAGAGAAUAAUUAGAAUCAUUAAGAAUUGCAAUGAAAAAAAAAAUUAGGGGGAGAAGGAGGAGUGCCGAAAAAUGGAUUUUGGAUGCGAUUAUAUUGAAUGUAAUAUUUCAGUUAUUAUCUGUUUUUACCAUUAUUGAAAAAAAAUAAAAAAAAAAUGACUUUAAGGCGCCAACUGGACACAACUUAAUACUAGAUACUUAAUAUGAAGAUAAUCGGAACAAGAUUUCUAGUUGAGAAGUUGCAUAAAAUGUUUAAUUCUUUAAAAAAACGUAAACAUUAGAGUACCUAUAACCAAUACCUAACCUAAUAGAGACAUAAUCAUUUAAUUUAUACCUGUAAUCAAGGAUAAACCAUUGCUAAAAAAUAACUAUUCGACGCAAAGUUUGGUUAUACAUGUUUUGAAAGGCCGUAUAAUAUUUACAAUUUUCGUCAGAAUUUAAAUUUAAAUCAUAUAUUUAUAUAAAAAAAAAAAAAAAUACUAUUAUACUCAACCUUUUUUUUUCUUUUACGAACUUUAAUGAACCUUUCGAAUUUUCAAGCAUUUCUAUUAAGUCUACUAAUUAUAUCUACAGAGUCCGUACUAAAUACAAAUUACGUAAAAAACACGCAAAAAUAAAAUGUCAAUAAAUAGUUCAAAAAUGGCAAAAAUGUUUUGAACAUUUACCGCUCUUAAAAAAAAGCAAAUAUAUAUUUUUUUUUAAAUUUUAAGUCUUCAAAUAUUUAUAACUAAAUUGCGUUAAAAAAACAAAAUUUAAAAUAAUAAAAAUUAUUUUCCCGUUAUUUCUACGUAUUUUUCGAUUUUCGAUACGCAAUUUAUUUCCUACUUUUCCGGUCUAAACUUUAAACUGUUAAAAUUCAUUAAUGGUAAAUCUAAUAUUUUAGUGUUAUGAAUAUCAAUAUGGAAGUGAUAAGUAAACUUAAUAAAAACCAUUUAUAAGUAAUAUUUACAUUGACGAUUUUUUUCCUAAUAUAUUUUUUAAAAUUGUAUAUUACUUUCUACAAAUUUACUACAAACUAAUAAACAGUAAAGAAAUACAACUAAACAAAUAAGUAAUAAAACCAAAAUCAAUGUUCAAAUUGUUUGUAAAUAAUGUAAACUGUAAUCGGUUUAUGAAAUAUUGAUCCAGUAUCGUAUCCAGUUGAAUGAAAUAUUGAUCCAAUCAUAAAAUUUCAAGAGACUUUUUGUUGAAUUUUGGAUCUAGUCGUUGCAUUGGGUAAGUCAUUUUUGAUUUUCUAAGAAGUUUUUAUAGUAAAUGGAAAAAACGUAUAGAAAAAACAGACAAAUAUUUACGGCACUUUGGAUUUUCAAUUUACCAACGGCUUUCAUAAUAAUUUGAAAAAACCAAAAACAAAUUAACUGCGUUAAAAAUUUUGUUCAAGUAAAGUUUUUUGAUUGUCAUACCAGAAAUUCUUUUGCCAAUUUCAAGUGUAGCGUCUUCUAUAAAAUAAACUUUUGUCUAGUUCGUGCAUAUAAUUGAUUUUUUAUGUUCCUUGUUAAGGGUGUCGGAGCCGGUGUGUUUUAAGUACAAGAAUAUGUCUUACAAAAAAAGUUCUCACUUCUAAUAGAAAAUUCGGAUUUAGUUAGUUAUUUUUUUCAUUAAAAUUAAGAGAAUAUUUAUAGGUCGGAUAGAAUCCCGAUUUUCAAAAUUCUAAUUAUUAAAGUAAAAUAUGCAUUUGCAAAUAAUGACAAUAUUUGAGUUUUUUUAAACGUAUUUUUCUAGCGCUAUUCAAAGUCAAAUGAAAACUUUGGCUUCUAUUCGACCUGCAAAUAUUUCUUUCAAAUAAAAAAACUUAUUUGAAAGCAAAAAUAAAAAUAUAUAAUAAAAUAGCCAAUACUGGAAAGGGAGUACCACCGUUCUAGGUGGGAAGUUAGGAAGGUAGGAUAUUUAAGUUGUUUAAUUUUUUAAAUUUUACCACGCCUAGAAAAAGCAAAUAUUAGUUUUCUGCUUAAAUUUCAAGUCUUUCACGAAUAUUUUAAACUGAAUUACAAAAAAAAAUUGAAAAUAACAAAAGAAUUAUUUUCAUAAAUGGUUCCAUUUUUUUUUACGUAGAUAUUUUUCGAUUUGCUCAAUUACUGAAAACCCUUCGAAGAAAAUCAAACAACGACUUUCUAGUUGGUGAACUAGGUUAAAUUUAACAAAAUACCUUGUCAUUUUUCAAUUGGAGCAAUGCUUCUGGUAUAAAACACAAGUUGUAAAAAUAAAAAUAACGAAAUUUGUGCGCCGUAAAUAUUUGUGGUUUUAGUCAGUUUUUUCAUUUGUGUUACUAUAAAUACCCGCACGGGGGGGGUUCGAUGAGAGUGAUGACAUGUGAUGAGAUGAAAACAUGUGAUUUAGGUGUUCUAGGUAAGUGAUAUCAGCGAAUGAAAUGAGAUGGAUGACGUGAGUAAAAGGGUGUUUUAAAAACGUGGUAUGAAAUGAUUGGGUGAAGUGGAAGUUCCUGCGGAAACCCAGGACUCAAUUAGUAUAGUACCCGCAUUAACUCGGAUCCAACUAGAGUAGAUUUUUAAACACGGGAUACAAUUCGGAUGUGUCGUAUGUAUCCUACUUUCCCAACUUCUCACAUACAACAGUGGCCGCUCCCAUUCCCAAUAUCAGCUCUUUUUAUAAUUUAAAUUACCCAUAAUUUCAAUGUUUGGUCAUUUUAUUUUCAAGAGAUACUGAAGAUCCAUUUCUCUUAAAUGACAAUAAAUUUAUUAAGGAUAUUAGAUUGUCAAAAGAAUGCGUGCGUUAUAUUAUUAACAGAGUGAGGCCUCAUUUGGUAUUUCAAAUGGUCUAUCAUUAACAAUAAGGGUAAGUUAUGCGUUUUCACUUUUCACUUACUCGCCUAGUACAGGGCAUAGUUUUUUUUUUUGUUUAUUCAUGUUACCAAGGUUGUUCAUCUUAUUUAAAGCCAAUAGGCAAUAAUAAACCGGUAGACAGUCAUAUAAACUCAAUAUUUUAAGUUGUUAUAAUUGUUAUGACAUUUGGAUUUCAGUUUUUUGUUUUGUUUUAAAGUUUUUUUCAUUUCUUCCGUGUAAUUAAAUUAAUCCAUAAUUUAAAAAAAAAUGAUUUAAUUUUUGUACCAAAAACACUUAAAAACCUUUCAAGGUUUCAAUCCCCUUUUAAGUUUUAUUUAUGCGACAAAAAGUAGCUUAUGAAAAUUUUCUAGGUGUCCCAUUUAUCUUUUUACAAAAAUUCAACACAAUUAGUUCAGCCGUGUAGGAUUGAAAACGUAACAGAUAGACUUACUUUCAUUUACAAUAAAUGCUACCACCUAGAGUAUAAUAAUUAUAGCUCACUCAAAUAAUUUCGAUUUACAAACAAACAUACAUGGCCAGUGCGGUGCGUUGCCAUAACACAUCUGAAUUGAAUUGCCCACAAUUACUUAAUGGCCGGGGCAAGUAUCCUGAAUAUAUAUUACUCCUAUAAUUUCUGUAGUAUAGGCAAUUAAAGUUACACGACACCAAUAAACUUACUUUUCUUAUCAAAAAGUCCCCUUAAGGGACACUUGUAAUAUUUUAAUGUUAAAUAUUAAAUAGUGAUUUAUUUAAAAAAAAAAAAAAAAAAUACCUUUUAUUUAAUAUACUUCCGAAAUCAUUACCUAUUACAAAUAUAUAGUAUGCAUUUAAAUUUUAUAAUAUUUUAAUGACUAAAUUUGAAUUAUUUCUUUGUUAAAACAUAGAGCUGGUUUAUAAAUAAAGUUUGAUUAAUGAUAACUGAAUUGCAUUAGAUUAUUAUUGAAAUAUUAAAAUAAUAGUACCAUUAAAUUACAUUUAUAUUAAUUUUAGAAUAGUUCUGUUGGUUAUCAAUUAUUAUAUUUUCUAAGGUAAAUUUAAAAAUAGAAAUAAGAAAACUCAACCUAAUAUUUUCUAAAUAUCUUGUAUAAUAAAGCACUGAUUAUAUAAAUCUCAAACAUUAUUAUUAUCUACUGUUAAAGAUAAUUAGUUACACAAUUUAGUUUACAUGAGCAUAAUUCUAUUAAUAUUAAAUACCUAUGUACAAUAAAAAAAAGGAAGAAUAUAAUAUAAUGAUAAUAAAAUUAAAUACAUAAUAUUUACAAACAUUAUGCAACAUAACUGUAGCCAUCAGCUGAAUUUGGAGUACGUUCCAAAUAACCUUUAUCAAUAAGUGUCUCAAUAGAUUUUUUAAUAAGUGCAAUUGUUGGAGCAAAUGUCGUUGAUUGACUUAAUAUCUAAAAUACAAUACAUAUUUGAUACAUAAAUACUAUAUAAUUUAUAUUACACACUUCACUUACUUCAUUAACAAGUUGAUUAUGUCUUAAUAAUUUGCGUGCUUUCAUUAUUCUAACAAUUGCCGCCUGUAAGUAAGUUUUGCGAUCAUCUUCAAUAGAAUUAACAGUCUGUUCAAUUUCUUGUGGGGUAUCUUUUUGAAGAGCAGAUGUUAUGCGUAAUUUUGUACGCUUAUUAGCAUAUUCCAUAUUUAAAGUUACAUUCUAAAAAAUAAUAAUAAUAAUAAUAAUAACAAAAAUAAAUAAAAUGUUGUUUUUGUGUAUACAUUAAACAACAGUUACAAGGGGAGUAGAAAAUGAAACUAGUUAGUAAUUGUUGUAAUAUUGUUUACUGUACUGUUGUGUACAAACAAAACAAUAAUGUAAUAUAUAUUUAAUUAUAAAUAUAAGAAAAAUAUUAAGUAUAUUGAAUAUAGAGGGAAUCCAGAAGUGGGAGUUAGGUGAAAAGAGUUCUGAGCAUGCGGUGAAAGGGAAUUUCAAGUUUACAAUUUAAAAAGUCUAAUAAGAUACUUACAUCAUCUUCCAUUAGUAUUAAUUUACAUUCAAGAAGACUAUUGAAGUGUUUUUGAAAAUGAUCACUGGAUAAUUGAAGCAAUUCGGAGAGUUCUGUACAUUUGUAAACGUCACGAUUUUCAAAUAGUAACAUGAUUGCCAUUUGAAAUGUUUGCAUGGUAACCAGGUAUGGCUUUGAUAAAUAAUUUAAUUUUAACUCUCCUAUAGAGUAUAAAUAAUUUUAGAAAAAAUAAUAUUUUAGUAGCGAGACAAUAAUUAUACCUUGACAAUGAUGAUGAAGCCAUGUUAAUUUUCGACCAUUAAAUUUUGCUUUGUAGAACUCUUCAAACUAAUAUAAAUCAAUAAAAAAAAACAAAUAAUUUGUCAUCAAUAUUCAAUUAUAAAUAUUUUAAAUACAUACAUAUUGCAUACAAGGUAUUAAUUCUUUAGGAAUAACAAAUGAUGACACAACAGAAGAUCCCAAGGGCCAAGCUCCAGUUUGCAAUACAUACAUAGAAAAAGAAAUAUUUAAUUCCUCUCCAGUUUUAAGAAAUUCAUUAUGAAAUUUUGCAUUUAGUCCUUCAGAUACUCUAAUAUCGGUAAACAUUCUGUGUAAUUUAUUGGUGAAUUCAUAACCACACGCUUGCUAAAAAUAAAAACAUAAUAAUAUAUAUUAAUUAAAUAAAUAAGAAAAUUGGAUGUACUUAAAUUAGUUUACUUUAAGUUUAUUGAUCAUUCCUUCUUCACCAUCCAUGGACUGACUUUGAUGAUGUAUUAACCGUUUUGCCAGAUGUCUCUGAUAAAACUUUUGAAAUACAUCCUUAUCAUCUAUAUACUUAAAUAUAGUAAUAGACUGUAAUAACUUGCGGUCUAUUUCAUAAUCAAACAUGCCUUUCGACGUUUUUUUUAAUAAAUUGUCACAAUAUUUUGAUAAAUAUUCAGGAGAUUUUGAUGGUAGAUUUUUCACUGGUUUAUAAUUUAUGAUUACAGUAAAUGCUUUAUCAAGAGCACUACUAAAACUUAAAUCAUUUUGAAACACUUCAAUAACCAUACAUUUGUACUUUUUAUGUACAGCUAAUACCUCUUCAACAAAAUGUAAAUAAAUCUAUAAAAAAAAAUUAAUUUUUUUGAUACUAUAGUAAUUCAAAGAAUAUAAUUAAAAAAAAAUAUACUUGUUCUUGUUUUAAAGAUUCAAUAACUCGAAUUCCGUGUUGUUUUAUGUGUUCUCUAAAAAUGUCGACCAAUGUAGUCAUUCCAUUUUUGAUAUCACGUAGGAGUAAAUAAAUAUGUAGCAUGUCUUCUCGGCGCUCUUCUUUUAUCAUAGCUUCACUUUCUCCAUGUAAAACAUCCAAAUGGUCACCUACCAUAUGUUUUCGACACCGUUCACGUAAUUUGUCAUAUGUGCUAAGAGAAAUUAAACAAAUGAUUGAUAGGUGUUCAAUAAUAUUUAUGUAACUUUUAAUUUAAGAACAAUUACCUGUCAUCAAAAAUUUUUUUUGACAUUAGUGAUUCUUCUUUCAUUAUUUCUAAAACUUUAACCAUAUAUUCAGAUACUGUGCAUUCUUGUAGUAAUCUCGCAGCUUGACAUUUAAAGUAUUCACUACUUUGUUUUAGUAAAGGCUCCUCAAAAUAAACUUGAUAUAACUGUGAAUAAAAAAAUAUAUUUUUUUCUACGUAAAAAUUAUGAUUAGGUUUUAGGAUGUAGACUAGGGUGGUCCUUAGUUGUAUAAGUAAUUUUAAGAUUCCGAGUCGGAGUAAAGAAGCUUAUGGUUUUAGAAAAAUGUUUUUUUUUUUUUUAUCUGUGUGCAACUUUUCUAUCAGAAAUCUUGCUUUGAUUUUUAAGUGUAGUAACUCUUUUGAAAGGAAAUUGGUGUGGAGAGGUACUUUAGGGAGGUCAUUUUUUUUGAUUUUCUCAAAAAUGUGAAAAAUUUAAGAAAAAUGGGAAAAUUGGUACUUUUAAUAAAUAUUAUUAAAGAAAGUAUACAAUACCUAUUUAAUUAUUUUACUAUAAUAUGACUUAUAUAUAUAUAUAUAUAUUGUUGACAAAGCCUUAUUAUCAACUGAACUCUGCUCAGAAUUGUUUUUUCAUUAAAAUGGUUUAUCGUGGCUUACAGGUAUACAUUAAAUUAGUAGCUGCAUCUAUCCUCAUUAUUCUAGGACAGCUUUUUUUAAUGAUACCCUUAUUUUGUUUUAGUAAGUAUAAAAAUACUGUACACAAAAUUCUAUACUAAUUGAUUACGUUUAACUCGUGCCCCAAAUCCUUCAAAGUUUAAUACUACAUUUUUCUUGAAAUUAUCACAUUUACUUUUAAUUUUUGGUUGAUAUUACUUAACAAUGAUAGUGAAUAUCUAUAUAUAGUGCAUAGCUAUUAGACCUUUUUUUUUUUAAUCUUAUAUUGUAGUUUGGUAAAUUGCGAUAAAGUCAAAUACUAAACAUUAAGUGUAUAUUAUAUUAUGUUUCCGUGGAAUAUUACAUACUUGUAUAUUCUAUUGUAAUACAUAUUUUGUACCUGUUAUUAAUAUUGUGUAUACUCAUAUAAUGUUGUAUGAUAUUGUAAAUUGGAUCAAAUAAAAAUAUGUUUAAAGUAAUAUUCUAUAAUCUUAGGAAAGUAAAACUCAAUACAAAGCACAGUGUUUCUUUAUUAAUAAAAGAAACAAUAUCAUUUUAAGAAAAAACCUGUAUACUAACCAGAGAUAUUCCAUGUUGCAUAGACAAAUUAUAAUGUUUAUAUAAUGAAUGGAGGAGCUAACAAAAACAUACUAGAUAAAAUAUAUAUGUAUAAAAAGAAGAAACACUUAAAGGAAAAUUGUAAGAUUUUCAUUCAAAGUACUUUUUUUUUUUUUUUAAUUUUUAGAUCGGUUUAAUGACUUCGAUGUACCUAGAUCUGGCCGAUAUAUAUUGAUUAAUUGUUUUUCACGAGUGAUAUUAUCAAUUAAUCGGAUAUAUCAAUAUAAUCGAAAUCGAAGCAUUUAUAUAACUUAAAAAUAAAUAUCGAUAGUAUCAAUUAUUUCAAUCCAAUUGACUAUCAAACAUGACAAAUAAUUAUCGUGAAUAUAUAAAUUGCUUCUUCAAAAUAUAUUGAUUAAUCGCAAUAAUUAUUUUGACACAAUCGACUGUUGAGUCAAACAAAUAACUAUUGUGCAGACGUAGAUGGACCUCCACUCAUCUCCAUUCAUCACAGCUACUUUAAGUUAUAUAUAAUUGGUUUUUUCUAUAUCUGUUAUAAUCUGUUUUAUAAAUGAUUUACUUCUUCCAGCUUUUCCGCUUCUUAUUGUCGUUAUCUAUUCAUUGUUUCUCAUUAUAUGUCCAAUCCAUUUUUUCCUUCUUUCACCAAUUGUUUUCUGUUUUUUCAUUCUUAAGUAUACUUCUCCAAUUUUAACUUUCCCUAUUCAAGGUAUAUUAAGCGUUCAAAAGCUUCAAUAUUUUUUCUUUCCGAUAUGAGUAUAGUUCAUGUUUCUGCCCCAUAGAGGACUCUUUAUAAGAGUUUUUCUGGUUUCCAGACUAAUAGUGUUUGUUGGUUUUUAUUAUAUAAUUGCUGGUUAGCUUGUGCUAUUCUGCUUUUUAUGUCCAUCUUGCUAUUUCUAUCAUAUGUAAUUUUCUCUAAAUAUGUAAAACAUUGAACAGUUUUCAGCUUCUCAUUUUCAAUUUUUAUGUUUGAAAUCAAUACUUGCUUGCUGCAUAUUAGUAUUUUUGUUUUGUUCUUGUAUAUUUUCAUUUUGUACUCUUUACAGCUAUCAUUUUUUAUUUCUGUUAGCAUGUUGCCUAAUUCUUCUUCACUUUCCGCUAUCACUGCUGUCGUCUGCAAAACGCAACAUUUGUACUAGCAUACCAUUCAUUUUUUUUCCCCAAAUAACUUCUUCCCUUAAUUUUUUUAGUACAUUUUCAAACAUAUAGAUUAAAUAGUGUGGGUCAUAAGUUGACACCCUUGUCUAACUCCUUUUUCAAUAUUUGCUUCUUCCUAUGAUCACAUCAUUUAAUUUCAAUAUAACUUAUGAAUAAAUCUUCUAUCCUUAAUAAUUCUUCUCUUAUCUUUAGUAGUAAUCAAAAAGUAGUAGAUAAUUUUUUUUUAAAUUUAGUAGUAAAAGUACUAGAAAUGAAGAAUUUGAAAGAGCAUACAAAUUAAUAAGAUCGGGUUAUUUGUUUAGAACAGAUUAUAUACUAGUAGGAAAAAUUAAAUUAAAAGCUGGGCAACUUCGUACGUGGGUUCAGCCACUGUUGUAGGUGAGAAGUUGGAAAGGCAUUAGAUGGCAAAAUUAAUGUAUAUAUGCAAGUAACAAUAAACCGUUGUUAAUGAAAAAACAAUUUUAAGCGGAUUUCAGUUGAUGGUGUUGCUUUAUCAACAAUAUAAAUGCCAUAUUAUAGUAGAAUAAUUACAUAGUCAUAUACAUUUUCUUUAAUAAUAUUUGUUUAACAUUGUACUUAUUCUCCCGUUUUUCCUAUAUUUAAAGAAAUUUACAUUAAAGACAAUAAAAUGAAAAUUCUAGAAAAGAACAACAUUAUGAAGAAUGUAAAGCCAUGUUUGAUACAAGUGUUUUACGCCAUAUUUAUUACGGAUAUAUAGAAAACAAAUUUGUCAACCAUCUUUGGUAUUUCACAUCUGAAACAAUUGAAUUAACAGAUGCAACAAUACAAAAUAUUAAACGGGUCUAGCAUUAAGAAAAAUUGAUAAUGUGAAUUUAAAUAAAAAUGAAGAAUUUAUGAUAGUCUCAAAAAUACAUUUAAACAUAAAAGUUUGUGAAGUAUUAAAUAUUUUUAGUAAAAAUAUAGAACAAUUAAUUUUGUUUAAAACUUAUAUUUUUUUUUUAAUGAUUUUAUCAAUUUUAGUUUUAUUGAUUCACUACCUUAUUAAUAGUAAAACAAUAUAGAACACAAACAAGUAUAUGGCAUAGGUCAUAAUUUAAAUCUGGUAAAUGAGAUUGUCAAAUUAAUUGAAGAUAAUCAAAUAGGCUCAAUAAAUGAAGAUUAAAAACAGUAUACACUAUAAAUUGUCACACGAUAGCAGAAACGAUAUUUAAAAUAGCAAUAAAAGCACCAUAGAAUAGGUAACUAUUUUAAUUUACUAAAUACUAAAUAUUAAACAAUAAGACUAUGACACCUAAUAUAAUUAUUUUAGAAAUUUAAUUUUGCUCCUUUAAUUCAAUAAUACAUAUAUUAUAUAAUAUACUUGUUUAUGAAAAUUAUAUAAAGUAUAUUGUACCAAUUCAACAAAAUACCACUAAGUAAUAAUUUUUGGUAUUAUAAAUAAAUUUAAUUACUUCAAGUGGAUUUUUUUUCCUGAAUGCCUGGACGAUAACAAAUGAUUUAAUAACAGUAGAAAUUAUAUCAGUAGAUUUAGUCAUAGAUUUGAUGUGCCUUUGUUUGUCAAUCUCGUCUAACAACAAUUUAAGCAUACUAUCUUUUAGAGGCAUAAUCAUAUUGUGUUUCCAUAUAUCAAGUCCUAGUUCUCCAACCUCCAUCUGUACAUCAAUAUCAGGUGUUAUGUUGCCAUAUAAAAUUUCAGCUUCAGACAUUCUGUGUUUUUUAAUGUGUUGGUUAUUAAGGUAUCUAGAAAAAAAAUGUAUUUUAAUAAUGUAUUCUUUAUUCACAAUAUGUAUUUUUUAUUAAUAUUUAAUACAAUAAAUAAAAUACGUACUGGUAAAGUGAAUGUAAGUAUUUUACUCCUUUGCUAUACUUUUGCCAGUAUGUAUAAUAAUUUUGCAAAAGAUUUUCAGUACCUCCAGUUUGUAUGAUUGUUAAUAGUUCAAGGACAUGGUUCUCUAGGAAUAAUUUUGUAGAGUCAUAAAGCUGAUCACCAAGUGGCUCUGGAAAAGCCACACACAUAGAAUAAACAUCGUUGAACCGUUCAUUCCAUGCAUCCCUAGGAACUCGAUCUAGUGUUAUGACACCUUUCAUAGUUUCUUGUAAACUGUUCCAUUUUUCAGUAAAAUUUAUUGUUUUUGGUUUCAAUGACAUUUUUUUGGAAUAGGUACUUUAAAAAAAAAAAACUGAAAAAAAAAUUGUAUUUUAACUUAAAUUCAUAAUAAAUAAUCAUUAAUUGAACCAUUAAUUGCGAAGAACUUAAUUAAUGAAUAUUUUAUUGGACAUGAAUUAUUAAAUUAAUUUUGAAUAUUUUAAAAAUAGUCUAAAUAUUUAUAAACCACAACUAAAUUACUUAUAAAGUAACAAUGUAUUUUAAAUAAGUAUAAUAUAAUAAAACAGAUUAUUUUAUGCUAUUAAAAAAUGUAUGUAAAAAAAGCAAAAAAGCAAAACAUGUGAUAUUUAUAAUAUCUAUUACUUUUUUGUUUAGAUGUGAAUAAACCAAAGUAAAAAUGUAUAUCAUUUUGAAAAUUAUUUUUUUUAUACAUACCUAUGUACAUAAUAUUUUUAAUCUAAAACAAAAACGAUUAUAUUAGUCAAGAAUUAUUGUGACUAUUAAGAAAAAUAUCUAUAUUUUAUAAACUUCUAAAACCUUAAAGUGUAGUUUUCUUUUGUAUUCAUUGCAAUUGUCUAGUCAUUAACACUUUAAAGAUUGAAAUACUAGAUAAUAUAAAUAAACAGAACAUAUAUGUAUAAAAAUACAUAAUUGUGAAUUUGUGUUAAAAUAUAAUAUUUACACUAUUAUAAGUAAUAAUUUUUUUCUUUAUAAUUAAAAAACAGGUCUUAUUACUAGAUAUACGAAUACAAAUUUUAAUACAUUUGAAUCCAAUUUAAACAUUUUAUCUUAAGUAAUUAUCAACUUUUACUUUAAAAAUAAUCAUUAAUAGUUUUAGACUUCAGAUAAAGAUAAAAGAUCAACAUUUUAAAAACGUUAAUACUCCUAUAAAUACAUUGAAUUAAAAUUAGUAUGAUCAGAUGUUUGUUACUACUUAAUAAUACACAUUAAAUUAGGUAAUCAUUUUUAAACCUUAUUUAUUAAUAUUAAAUCAAAUGAUGAACACACAUAAUGCAUCACUAUUUAAAAGAAUGUUGGAUUUGACAUGUUGCAACCCGCAAUUAGAAAUGUGUUAAAUUUUAGAAAAUUAUUACCACACUUUGGUUUACCUUAGGGUGUCAGUGGUAUUGCUAAUGUCCGCUAUUCCAUAUCCCUGAGAUAGUUUUUUGUCCUUCGUCUAAUGAUCCAAUUUGUGAUAAUUAAUUAGUAAUUAUUAGAUAAUAAUAUUAAAUUAUCAAAAAGAAAUCGCAAUAAAAUUAAUCUUACUCAUACAUACUCAAUACUCAUAUAUUAAGAUCAAUAAGAUCAUAUUAAUUUAUUAUUAUCUAUCCAAAAUCCAAACACAAUUUAUGAUUGUGAUUCAGGGUGAAAAGGGGUACAGCAGUGUGACCAAAAUAAAUAGUUAAUUAUAAAGCUUAUAGUUUUCAAAUUUAUUUAAAUGAGUUUUCAUAAAACUGUAUUGAUUACGAACGAAAAUGUAAAAUAAUUAAAAAUUUGGAAAAAAAUACAUUAAGGAAUGCCCUAUUAUAAUAUUAUUAUUUUAACAAUUGAUAACGAAUGUUUUUAAGGUUAUGUUACAUAUUUUUAAAUUUGUUUUUUUUUUGUUUUUGAUUUUGAAGCACUUUGAUGUUUUCUAGUUUUGUUUCAGAUUUUCUAAACUUUGUUGUUUAAUUAAUUUUAUUUCCACGACAUGAGUUGGCCAUAAACAAGUUACAAUGGCAGCAAUAGAGGAGCAACAAUCAGUUCCAGAUAGAGAGCUGGAAGAGAUUAUAAAACUUACUUGGGGUCUGCAAGUACGACAAGAUAUAUUCCUACGAUGGACCCAAGGUGAGUCGUCGUAAUUAUUUAUUGACCGAUUACUCAAAUUAUCGUUGUCAGGGUUUUGUUUCAGUGACGACGAGCCUACAGCCCUGGUGCAGUUUGAGGGUGGACCAUGUGCUGUAUUAGCGCCAAUGCAAGCGUACAUCAUCAAAUACAUUAUCAACAAUAAGUUUAUUGAUGAAGAUUGGAAAAAAGUAAUAAGAUCAAAAAAAAUGUAAUCAGUAUAUUAUUAAACUUUUAUAAUAUCCCACAGGUCGAAUAUGAUGAUCAAAACCGUCUUUUGUGUAAAGCCGCUUGUGAUAUACUUUGCCAAGCGACAGCCGGCUGUGAUAUAUUAAAAUUUGUACAUAUUGAUGAUAAAGAAGCAUGUCCUGAAUAUUAUCAGUUUCAUUCAGUGCUUAAGUAUGUAUUUAUUUAAUUCUUAUAUAUGUACAUUGUUAAACUGUGUUUAAUUAUUAUUUUUUGGUUUUAGAGUAGAACAAGUCAAUAAAGAUAAUCUAGAGACUUUUUUUAGCAAUAAUAUUAGUUUUAUGCGCGAUACAUUUGGUGUUUUAUUAUUUUUAUAUACCGUCAUGCACUCUAAGGUAAAUAAAAUAUUUAUAAAAAAAUUAAAAUAUAAAUUUAUAGUUAUUUUUCCUUCAAAGGGUUUAGUUAAAUUAAAAGAAGAAAUUGGUGAUUUAGAAGUAUCAUUAAUUGAUAAAGAAUUUGGCUAUGGUAGUCAAAGUUUAAUUAAUAUGAUGAUAACUGGACGAGCAGUUUCUAAUGUUUUUAAUAAUGAUCAAAUAGUAGCUGGGCUAAGUAAGUUUAAUGUUAAAAUUAAAUAAACAAAAUAUAUUUUAAUUAUUUUACUGUCGUAGAAUUGCAAGGCAUUGAAAAACAAAGUGAAAUUGGAUUUAUGACUUUAUUGGAACAUUUAAGGUAUUGUCAAGUGGGAACUUAUUUAAAAAAUCCUUGCAAUCCAAUCUGGGUGUUGGGUAGUGAUACUCAUCUCACUGGUACUUAAAAGCAUUUUCAAUCAGGUUACAAAUUACAAAAACUAGUAAGUUAAGUCUCAAUAUAUUCAAUUAUUACAGUACUGUUUUCAUUUAACCGUAACUUGGUAAGCAUGGAAACUCAAGCAGAUAUUGCUAGACGAACAUUUAAGUUAUUUGAUGAAGGUGGGAACAAUUUCAUAAGUACUCAAAGUCUAAAACCAUUGUUGGAAAAAUUAGAUCUUGUUUCUGAUGAAGAAUAGUAUGUAAAAAUAAUGCGAUAUUAUAUGCUAUAAUAUUAUUGUAAAUUGUCUGAAAUAUAAUAUAAUUAUUAUUUUUAGUGUGAAUUUAAUUUGUUCAAAAUUGGACUCUGAAGGAUUGGGUAUUAUAUUACUGCCAUCGUUUAUGGAUGAAUUUUUUUCUGAGCAAGAAGUUAGAACUCCAGAUGUUUUCAUAGUGUUUCAUUACAACGGACAGCCAAGAUCUAAUCCUAAUUCUAAGGUCACUUAUAUAGAAGGUAAUGCUGUUAUUCAAGAAUCUGAUGUUAUAUGUAUAUCUGAGGACAACAACUUGCAAUCUUGUUUACAAUCUAAGUGGUCAUUUAUUGAAAUACAAUGGAAAGGAGGAGUAACGCCUUCUAUUAAUUAAACUUUAAUAACUGAAUAUAACUAAGAAUUGUAAAACCAUAAUAUUAAUAUCGUUAAAGAAACAAACUUAAACAAAUUGCUUAGGAUGUUUUUUUUUCAAUUUUUCAAUUGUUUAACGAGAUAUAAAAAUUGUGUGCCCCUAUUAAAUAAUAAUUUUCUAUUUAAAUAUUUAUUUUACAAAGUAUAAAAUUAUUAUUUUGACAAGCAAAUAAAAUAUUGAUUUGUCUAAAACAAAAGUAGGUCUCAUAUUUUUAAAAAUAGUUUGUAUAUAUAAUAUUAUGAUUUAAUUAUAUUCUGUUAUGUAUAAAAAAAAAAAAAAAAACCAAUAAUGAUUAAAAAGAUGUUUGUUUAAUAUAAAAUAAACUUUAUAUUUUCUAAUACAAAUAAUUUUAUGAGCUUUCAAAAUUUGUGAUUUACAUUUUAAUAGUUUUAGUACAAUAAUAUUAAGACUUGUAUAAAUGUUCAAAAAAUUCCAUGAAGUGUGUUUUAUUGAAAGAAAUUAAUCAAUGACAAAAUAUUGAGUUUGUAAAAAUAACUUUUAAAGACUGUUGAAUUUUUUAAUCGAGACAUUUAAUUUGUCUUCCAUUCUAAUAACAGGGCAAAUUAAUGUAUCUAUUAAUAUAUUAUAAAAUAUAUAAAUUUAUUUUUGUGGUACAGAUUUGUUAUGACUCUUAAUUUAUUAUAAAAUUGAUUUGUCCAGUUUAUUGAAGUAAUAUAACUUUGUUCUAUAGUUAUUAACUUAAUAGGUACAAGUUAUCUGACAGCAGGAAUUUAAUAAAUUUGACUGCAGUACCAAUAUUAACCUAUUUAUCUGAAUAUUAAUCUUUAACAGUGAAUAAUUUAUUUUCAGUUAAUUAUAAUCACUGAAUAUUUUCCUUGGCCACUGGUCACUUUUGAGUUUUCAGAUUCAACAUGCAUGCUAGCCCAUUAUUAAUUACUGCUGUAGUAGUCAUAAGUUAAAUACAAUAGGGAUCAUCUCAGAUUAUUGUUAUUUUGUUAGUUUAUAUUUUCAUUACCUUCAUUAUUCUCUGUAACAGUAUAUAUUUAAUUCAGAUCAUGUAUUUUGCCCAUUAACAUAUUGAUAAAUAUUUAAGUACCUAUAUGUAUCUGGUUUCCCCCUUUAAAAUUAGAGAUGGAUAAAUCCAAAAGUUUUAGAGAAAUAAAACCACUUAUAUAUAUUUCAAAUAAGUAAAUUACCAAAUUAAUAAUAAAGGUACAUUAAAAGUUCACUUAAAUAUUAUCCUAUGUACUUGUAUUGUUUGAUGAUAAUGUCUGAUAACAUAAUAUCUCAAUUAUACAUUUAUUUGCUGAUUAUAUAGUAAUUGCACCCACAAAAAAAACAGGGUACCAUUAAUAAUGUGUGGAUAAGAUAUACAUAUAUGUCAAACAAAAAUAAAUAUAUUUAUUAUAAAAUAAAAAUCCAACAUAUAUUUUAAUAAAAAAAUAUGUAUCAUAUAUUUAUUAUUUAAUCAAAGAACAUAAUUUUAUACAAGUUAAUAAAUAUACAUAGGUAACUUUUUACUAUUUGAUAUCAAUUUAUAACAAAUAAUAAACUGAUCUAAUUAAUAUAUAAUUUCAAUAACAUAAAUUUUAUCACAUGUAUGUGUACAUUAGAUGAUUAAUUUAGUAUAAAUUAAAACUCAUAUUUAUGGUAAACUAUACUAAAAUUAAUGAAUAUUUUUUAUCGUUGAAAAUAAAGAUACUUGAAUUAAAAUUAAAUAAUAACUUUAAAAAGUUAAAUAAUUAGUUUUAAAAAUGAGCCUGAUAAUAAUUCAAACAUUUUUAAAAUUAAAACAAAAUUAACUGAUAUAAAAAAUCAUCUUUGUUUUCAAAUUUAUAUCAAUUGAUAUUUAAAAAACUUAAAGAUAAAUUAUUUCACCUCUUAAAUGAACAAAAUUGCACAUUAUUAUUAAUUUAUGGUUUAAAAUGUAUAUCUUAAAACUAGAAAAUAUGGUAAUAAUAAAUAAUAAGUUAAUUUAUACAUUUUUGACAUAUUUAUUAAUAUCAACUUAGAUAUACUUAGAUAUUGGAUCACUAUUUCAGUCGUAUACCACCAAAGACUAUGAUUAUCUUAUUUUUAGUCCUCAUAUACUGCUUAAUAGUCAACAGGUAAUUAUUUGUAUUUGUAAUUACUAUAAAAAAAAUACAUUAAGAUAAAAAUCCCCCCUCCCUCCAUUAAAUUGAUCAAAAAAUUAAAAUUAAACUUGAACAAAUAUAAAAUUGAAUUUAAGACAAUAAUAAUUAAAUAUAUUAUAAUUUUGUUCAUUAGUGAACCGUUCAUAAUCAUUCUUCAUAAUAAUCAACAGAUUUAACAUUACAAUAUGGUAAUUAAAUAUUAUGGUCUGCCAUUUGUGGUUCUUGAAUAUUUCUAGAGUUAAAACA